UCUGUUUAUCAUGAGGUGCGUCAACAGUUUGGCAGGAAUUACGAACUGGGGAAGAAGCAGUAUUGAGCAGGUUACAGUUUCUGGGCGACAAACGGAUGUGCUCUUGUACUUUUGAAACGGGUAUAUGUUUUCCACAAUCAGCCAUAAAUGGAGGGACUGCACGAAUCCUUGUCAGGCUCUUCUUCAGCCAAGGAGCAGGAUGAGCGGCAGAUGGUGUCUCUUUCUGCAGCCGAAUGUGAACUAUUUAGGAAGCUGCAGAACAGUACCUUAAAGAAAGAAUUAUACACUGGGAGGUGUGUGGAGCCAUGUUUUGAAGAUUAUCAGUUGAUUGGGGACAGCCUAUUACUCAGAUUUUCAGAACAGUUACUUUUUUACAAAUGUAAAACAGAUGAGUACAAUGGUGCCCGUGCCCUUGGUCUGUGUGUCAGCGGCCAGACAGUUGGCGAACUUUUGAGAAGAGUUGUCAGUGAAAUGUACCCGAUUUCAAAGAAGGUGAUCCUUCUGAUAGGAACAAAUGAUAUGCUUAGGGAUACAAAAAUGGACCUUAUGAAGAGGAAACUUAGACGUGUUGUGAAAGAGCUGACACUACGCACAGAAAAAAUAAUUGUGUUGACCCUUCCCCCAGUGCCUCGGCUCUCACAUAAGCCCGAUCACUGGCAGCGCCUUGACGAUUACAAUACAUGCAUCAAAGGACGGGAAAAGUAUAAGAAUGUUGUAGUGGCAGACAUCACAAGCCUAUUCCUGAUCGGUCCACAAAGAUGCCGCACUGACUGCUAUGAGCUUUUUUAUUCUGGAACAAGACGUCCGGACAGAGUGCACCUAAAUAGGGCAGGGCUUCAGAAAAUUCACAGUUUUCUUCUGCAGAAGCAGCUAUUGAAUGACUAGACUGGUGACUGGGCAGCAUUUAUGAUUGCAUUUCUGCCUAUGACUCAUCUACAUUUUGUGCACUGAACAGUGGCAGUAAACAGAUGCAGUUGACAAGCUGUGUCCCGCCAUCACUUUUAUUCCACUCUGGACUCUUGCAUUAAUUUUAAUUUAAUUUUUAGUAUUGCUCCACCUGGAGAGGUUAAAGUUUCAACUGUUUACACAUUGUCAUCUGCAUUGAAUAAAUGUUUUGUUUAUUGCACAGGAGUUACAACUGACUGAAGUAGUUUCAGUGCCCAUUAUGAGGUUGUUCCAAGUGAAAAUUUCUUCUUACAAUGCUCAGCAGUCUUUGUGCAUGUGAAAAUAUUUUGCUUAAAUGAUUUAAGCAUACAAUUUUGAAAACUGUCAAGUGGUUAGCUUUUUUUAAGCUACUGCUCUGUAAU